GAAAACAUGAGUGGAAUACUUAGUACUAUCACUGGUGUAUUAGGACGAUUGUUUGGAAAUCUCUUACCAAGCUGGGAAGACCCAACACCACCUGAGUUACCUAAACCUUCUGAGCUACCAGAACCAGAAGAAGGGUCAGAGGAGGGGAAAAGUGACUAUGAGACCGCUUUAGCUUACCAAAAUACUGAUACAAGAUGA